UGGUUAAAUUUAAAUAAUAAUAAGUCUGGAACCCCUACAACAGUAUUAAGUUCAGCUUAUGUAUCAACAACUGAAGAAAAAUCUGUAAAGGAGGAGGUAAAGGGGGUGGGUGCGUCAAAGAAGGAAGGACUUGGUGGUAUUCGACAGUCCAAGGAAGGUUUAGUAAAAGCAAAUUUAGAAGCAAAAUCAAAGUUACUUUCACCGACUUCUACACCAAAUGCUGAAGAAAAUAUAAAAUUCAGUAUUCCCAACAUAGAUAAUGAACCGGAAUUGGAGAGACGUAUGUCCCUGGUACCCAAAGUAGAAAGCGGUAAAUUAGAUGGAAAAAGACCUAAGCACUCCAUUAAACGCAAAACUAGUCGAUCAUUGUCAGUAGAUAGUGUAGCUCGAGGUACCAACGGUAGUUCAGUUUUUGGAUUUGGUGUAGGGAUUGGUAUACCAAACGGCCGAUCCCUUGGACAGACACAGAAUGCUAGAUCUUAUCUUAGAGAGAAUACAGCUAAACCUAUUAGCUCCCAACCUCAAAGACAAAGAGCGGCAUCUAUUUCUGCAUCAAAUGGAAUAAAAAAGAUAUCAGUUACAACUCCUCGUAUGGGUAGUUUUGGUCAAUCAACUAUAACAGGGAGAAAAUCGAGCAUUGGGGGUAAUUCAAAAUAUUUAUGGAGUAAUGCCACGAUGGGAAAAAUGGGAUCUUUCAAAAUUUUUACAGAGGAGGAGGAAGAAGAAGAAGAGGAAGAACUCUUGAAUGAUAGAAAAGAAGUUAAUGUUAAUGAUUGUGAUCACAUUGAGGAGGAGGAGGAGGAAGAUGAAGAAAACAUUAACAAUAAUACAGGUGACAAAAAAGCUUCGGUUAAAGUUAAUCAAAAUAAUUAUCAUACCGAUGAAUCACCAUCAUCAUCACCUACCUCCUCCUCUCUUGAACGUGAAGAGAAAUUUCUUCUUGAAUUAGGAUGGAAAAAACCAUAUAAUAAAGAUACUGAUAGCAAAGAAUGGGCCAUUACAGAAGAAGAAAAACGAUUCUUUGUGAAUUUUGUCCGAGCUUUGAAUGGCAUUUCAGUUUCAGAAAAAAAUGAAGCUGAAGAGUUAUCUUAUAAUGAGAUUAAUUAUGCAAAAAGAAAAUGGGCGGCUUUAUUAAAGAAUUUUAAGAAUAUGAAUAGGGAUAAAGUUUUUAUGGGAUGUUAUCAAUCCAAUGGAAAACGCGUCACAUUUAAUGAUGAGAAUUAA